AACUUGAGCAACACGUCCAAGAGAGUACUAGCAGCUGAGACACGCUCAGGCACAGGCAGUAUCAUAAUUCAUACUCUACCCUCACCCCCACACACUCACUCACACUCACACUCACACACACGCUCAGGGACAUCUGGGAGCAGACGGACUGUGGAUUUGCACCUGACGCUGCCUGGGGGACAAUGUUUUUCACGCGGGAAGAAGUGUUUAACGCAGCAUGUGUGUGUGCAUGUGUGUGUGCGCUGCUGGCCGUGAGCAGCGCGCAGCUUACUGAGGACGAGCAGCAAGUCAUCCUGGAACAGCACAACCUCCGCCGCGCACAGGUCGACCCCGCCGCCGUCUACAUGAGGAAGAUGAGCUGGGAUGAGAACUUGAAGAUCGUGGCAGAGGGCUAUGCUGCGAAGUGUAGGUGGGACCACAACCCUGAGCUGGAGGACAUCGGAGAGAACCUGUACGUCACCAACGGGCCUCUGGACCCGGUCGAGGCCAUCCACAAAUGGUUCAAAGAGCACGAGAACUACAACUACACCAGCAACGAGUGUGACGAGGGAGAGAUGUGUGGUCACUACACACAGGUGGUGUGGGCAGACAGCCAUAAAGUGGGGUGUGCUGCCCAUCUGUGUGAAGAAAUAGAGGGAAUCUCCUUUGGGAAAGCCAUCAUCCUCGUGUGUAACUACUUCCCCACGGGUAACUAUGAGGGAGAGAAGCCGUAUGCCGAGGGAGAGUUCUGCUCCCGUUGUCCCGAAGACGUUCCACGCUGCGAGGACUUCCUGUGUGUGCCGGAGGAGCAUCCGUCUGAGGAGCCUGACCUGACAGAGAGUUGGGCCACUGAGACAGCCCCCUCCCCCGAGCCCCCGGGCACUGCCCCCCCGCUGCCCCCAAGCGCCACCCCAGCGGAGGACUCUGCCCCAGAGGACCCCCCCAGCGCCAGCUCCAGCGCCAGCCCUGCAGGAGAGGGGGGGGCAGAAGGCACCCCCCCAGUGGAACGGAGGGUGGAGGUAGACCUCAGUCUGGAGGAGGUGUGGAUGGAUGUGGAUUUACUCCUGCAGGCCCACACCCCCAGAAGCAGCGCCCCCGAGGCGGGGGGGAGGGGGAGAAGUGAGGUGAAGACCCACAAGGGGACAUCAUCAGCCAGCGGGGCGUGGCAGAGGGUGGGGCCAGGGAUGCUGCUUCUGAUUGGCUUGGGUACGUGCCUGUUAGCUUGACAGGUUCUGGAUUGGCUGAGAGAGGGUGCCACAGGACCGUUAGGGGGUGGGGCGGGUGAGAGAGUAAAACACUGAGGUCUUGACUGUUGGUGAUGAGUGAGAGAGUGAGAGAGUGAGGUAGUGAGAGAGUGAGGAGAGUCUGAGGGGGUUGAAAAGGGAGUUUGUAAAGGUGAGAGAUGCUCAGGUGUGUCUCUGUGGAACAGUGCAGUCACACACACACUCACACACACUCACACACACACACUAGACUUCACCCUCACCCUCUUACCUGACCCACUCCUUUACACUCACACACACACACACACACACACACACACACACACACUAGACUUCACCCUCUUACCUGACCCACUCCUUUACACUCACACACACACACACACACACACAUACACUAGACUUCACCCUCACCCUCUUACCUGCCCCACUCCUUUACACUCACACACACACACACACACACACACACACACACACACACACACACACACACUAGACUUUAUGUUUAUAAAUACAUAUCAACAUAUCAUGCACAUCAGUAUUUGUUUACAUUUAAGAAUUUAAUUCCUCAAUUCAUGUCUUAUUAUGUAUACUGAAUGUCUUUACAGGAGGGUAUAGAUUGGUCUCUUUGAUCUGGAGCAAAUACUUGUGUAACCAGUUUCCUUUUUUCUGAAGACUCUUUUCAUGUCAUUCCGAAUGGCCAUUAAGGCUGAUAAACAUCUGUUAAAUAUUGCAGACUGUGCCUUUAAGGUAGCCAGGUAGCUGGACACAAUAGGAGCCAGGCUAGCUUUAAAGGGGCAGCGUAGAACACUUUGCUACUCCCCUGUCAUUCCCAGUCGGGUACGUGAGGCAUCAUUCCUUACUGUAGGACCCCUCAUAACAGCUCAUAACAGCUCAUGACGCCUCAUAACAGCUCAUGACAGCUCAUGACGCCUCAUAACAGCUCAUGACAGCUCAAGACACAGAUUCAUAACAGCUCAUAACAGCUUAUAACAGCUCAUAACAGCUCAUGACAGCUCAUGACAGCUUAUAACAGCUCAUAACAGCUCAUGACAGCUCAUGACAGCUCAUGACACAGGUUCAUAUCAUAACACGUAUCUCCUUCUGCUUGGCCUGUUUCUGCUUCCUUUGCAAUCAUAACUGACUGCAGUUGGCUGUAUGUAUCUGUAAAUGUAUAGCAUCCACAAAUGAUGGCUACAUGCAAAGAAAUAUGGUCUGUGUUUUCUAUAUUGUUUUAUUCAUAUAGGAAUUUUAUGGAUAAAGAUUUUUUUUGUUUUUUUUACUUGUAACACCAUCUUAGCUCCAAAGCAAUGUUUUUUUGACAAGCAGAAACAGUACAUGGCAGUAACUGGUCGUCUUAGCAACGUCUCCAUUAGAAUGCCACACACAGGGACAUCUGGGUUUUGUUGUGAAACUUCA